ACCGGCGAUAUCUUCUCAAAAAAUAGCACUGGAGCUUAUUUUGAGGAUUGUCUUUUUUUCCCCCCUUCAGAAUUUGAACUUAUACGUGACAAAAUGUCUUUGAAACUUCUUCCAAGUCUUUUAAAGACUUUAAAUAUUUCUUCUGUGACAUGUUUGAGAAAGCUACCAGGUCAAGGAAGUUUAUCUUUAUCGUAUAAUUUCCAUACAAGCAAGACUGAUUAUAAAGUUGAAAAAUGGACAGACCAGAAUGAGUGGGUUUAUCCUCCUUUGAAACCUGAUGAACCUAGAAGACCAGCAUGGAUCUGUCACUUAAGGGAAAAUAUUAAAUACUCUCCGAAAAAAAUGUGGUAUGUGGCAUGCCUUGUUAGAGGUAUGUCAGUUGAUGAAGCAAUCAAGCAACUGACAUUUGUUCCUAUGAAAGGUGCAUACAUUGUCAAAGAGGUUAUUCAAGAAGCUCAAGAAUUAGCAGUAAAGGAACAUAAUGUAGAAUUCAAGAGUAAUCUUUGGGUUGCUCAAUCAUUUGUUGGAAAAGCUAACAUUAUUAAAGGCAUAAGGAGACAUGCCAAAAUGAGAUUUGGUUUAGUACAUUAUAGAUAUUGUCAUUAUUUCGUGAGACUUGUGGAAGGACCACCUCCUAAACAUUAUUACAAACCUGAACUUACAGGAGAUGAAAAGCUUAAAGAAUAUUUUGACGAGCUCAGAUCUCGCAGAAUUCAUAGAACACUCUAAAAUUGUUGUAUUUUGUGUAAUAAUUCAUUAAAAUAUUUUAAACAUUGUA